AUGCCGCCUGCAAACUCACCCUCGCACACGCGCCCUUCAACACCUCCUACGAACAAUCUUGACGCAGAAACCUACCUCCGCCAGCUCGAAGAAGCCAUCUCCACACCUGUCCCAGACCUUGCCUCUACUCUCAAUCUUAGCGAUAUCGAGCCGGCCUCACGAGGAGAGCAAGACCAUCACCCGGGCGCCACUUCUGGUCCUGCCACCACACGAAGAGCAAAUUCAUGGGAAAGGCAGCCACCUACUAAUCGAGGGGCUGUGGAGACCAAUCAGAGCCUUGCUCUACCAGUCCCCGUGGAGAUCUUCGCACCAGCACGGCAUCCUGCCGACGCCGCAAUCCCCACCUGGGCCAGAGCAAACAGACCUCAAGAGGGCAUGCAAAGUCAUAGAUCAUCCCGGAUGGUACAAGGCCAGACAUACGCGACGACUGGUGGUGGGCCGGUCAGGGAAAGCCUCUACGACUGGGCAGUGUCAGCAGCGCCUGGCCGUGACGAGCAAGCCUCGUACUCAGGUGAUGAGAGCGACGAAGAUAUGGAACACAUGAGCACCGCCGCUCCUAACGAUGACAUCAACGCUCGACGAGACUUACAACGCCUGGAAAGAGCCCUACAGAGUUACCGUUCUGCAAGGAAUGCUCUCAGGACUGGAAGGACAGCCGAUCUCUUAGGAAGUGUGCCUACUGCCAGCGCCCUGCGAGCGUACUGGAACGAGGAUUCCAACGACAGCUCGGCCACGACGUCUGGAUUUCAAAGUCAGUACAGGUUCGAGAGGCAACGACGACAUGCAGAAUACGCCCGCAUAAAUGCCGAGGCCAACGCUAUCUACACGGAUGCUCGUUCCCGAGUGCGAAAGGAACCAAAACGGUCCGAAGCUUUUGAUCGAGUACGAAACUCCAUUCGAUACCUUUCUCAGCUCAGACAUACCGGCGUGGAAGGGGGUCUGAAAUUAGCCAGAGACCUUGACCUCGACUAUCUCUACGAGGAUGAAAAAGCCAACACUCCCAGCGAUCUGCCGAUGCAUGUCAACAGCCUGCCGCUGCCACAAUACAGCUCUUGGCUAGCACCAGGCAUGGUGUGGCACGGCCUGCAAUCAACUGAUCGGGAGCCCGUCCGUGCCAACUUGAAUUGGGGCUCUCAAGCUCGUCGCGAACGACAUCGAGAAUUGUUCCGCCGGACUCUUGCACGACGACGGGAAAUGGUGCUCGGGAAUGACGUGGCGGAAGAGUUUUCUGGCUCGCUCUUGGACGCUGAGCGCUAUCUGUCCGAUUUACUACAGGAUGGCAAUGGUCGAUGGGGCUUUGCUCGUUCUUCGACUCCUCCGUUUUCCCACUCCAACACAUCUUCGAUUCCACCCACCGAGACUGAUCACUGGCCAGUCAAGGUAGCCAUCCAUUCGGUCGACUACAAUACCAUGACCAUGACUGGCACAAUGUCGGCAAGCCAUAUGCCUGAGAAGGUGUCUCCUGCGCAACAACCUACCUCCCAGUCAAAUACCGCAAGCACGAGUAUGUCCUCGUAUUUUACAGGAGAGAUCAUCGACUUCCGGCAACACCCCUUAGAAACCGAGGCAGAAGACCGCGAUUACAGGGUGGGCGGGGUAGAUAUCGAUGCAAGCUAUUGGGCUCGUCUUGGGCCUUUUAGGAAGGAGAUCGAAAAGGCCAGGAGUUUGAGGGGAAAGAGGAGGAGCGAAUACCAACGAGACAGCCCUCUAUGGGAAGCCUUUCGAAAAGCAGCCAGUGGCGAGGGCGAUAAUAAGGAAGUCAACAACACCGCUGGCAAUGAGCAAGCCGAUGGAGACGUGAACAUGUCAGGAGGCAACGAGAAUUCGACUGAUGACCCGACCAGUAAUGCCGCUAUUGAGGCCGAAGAGAGUCAGGAGAUUGAAGAUGACAAGGUCAUGGCCCGAUGUCUUGGAAGUGCUAAAUGGCUCGACGAAAAGAUAGGCAAGGAAUGGAUAUUGAUGCGAUGGAAAGAGCGGUGCUUUGUCGAUUCCCCUUCGAAUUCGAAUCAGACAAGAACGAUUGUCACCGCACCUUACACAUACUCAACGUCGCCUACAAGUCUGAGUCGCCCGUCCGAACCUGGUACCAACGGCACUUCAUGGGGUCUCACCAUAUCGGGUUUCUACUACAUUGCGCUGAAUAGGCUGACUGGAGAGGUCGAUGGACUGUACUAUGAUCCUGGCUCACAGCCAUACCAGGCUCUCAAGAUGGCACCAGAGGGUAUGUCAGUGCAGGGAGUCGAAGCAAGUGCGAGAAGCCAGCAGGACAUUAGUCCUUCCAUUGCAGGAUGCACUUGUGGAUGCGGCGAGGAAAGCUGUAAAGACAGGGUCGGGCUCAAGAGAUGGUUUCCUUCUAUGGAACUGCGGUGA